UUGUGGGAAUUUCUCCUCAGAGUGGCUCACGGGUGAACCUGCGUGUUGGCGGGGAUGUUAGUGCGGCAUGUAUUCAAGCACCCUUUUCAUCCGCAGCAAGUCGGAGCCUGCUAGGAGACAAAAAGUCAUUCAACCUGUGCAGUGUUGAGGAUCCAAGAAGCUUUUCUCCUCUUCCUUUUGGAGUUGCUCAAACUUUUGCAGGGGAAAAAAGUGAGAAACAUCAAGGUCUGCCGAUUUCUUAGACAAUGCUGAGCUGAAAUCUUUUGUCGUCUGUGGGGGGAAAAGAAGAAAAGAAAAAAAGGAAACGCUUUGACGGGAUCUCCACUUCAUUAUCACUGAGGAGGACGGGGAGUCAUUUCCAGUAAUUUGCCCUUCGGUGAAAAAGGUUUGAACACCACCGCCGAGGCUGCUCCGUCACAUGGACACUGACACUGAACAGCUGCUGUCCUGACCAUCCAGUCUCAGACAGAAGCAGGACCGUUUAGGAGCAACAGUGUACGACGCGACGAUGCCCAAUGACUCGCCGAGUACUUAGCAACUGGUGAGGAUGAGAGACGGUGUGAUGACCUACCUGUAUUUGACAAGUGUGUUUUUCACCUCAUUGGAGAGAGGAGCGCAGAGGGAAAAAAGACGUGGAGAGGGAGCAGGGGAGGGGAAGAGAGAGCCAGCGAGGGAAGGUGUGAACCUGUGAGAGGGGCAACAAGGGAGCGAGGGAAGAACGCUCAAAGCUGAGAGAGACAGAGAGAGAUAAGAACUCUGCCAGACUGAAGAAGGAGUAAAAGGGAAAUCGGCGAAAUCAAAGACCAUUUAGCGCUGGAGGAUCGUGUUUUGUCAGAGCCAUACGGGGAGAACUGCUCAUUCUACAAGGAAACACAUUGACCUGACACCAACAGCACAUACAGAUAACGCAGCACCAUGGAUAACAGCACCUUUGGCAACACAUCGCAUGUCCAAGCUGUUCGCCACAACCUUUGGGAGGCUAUAACCAUUGCGGCAGUGUCCGCCAUUGUCAGCUUGAUAACUAUAGUUGGUAACGUGCUAGUGUUGCUCUCUUUCAAAGUGAACAGCCAGCUGAAGACGGUGAACAACUACUACCUCCUGAGUUUGGCGUUUGCUGACCUCAUCAUAGGAGUGCUGUCCAUGAACUUGUACACCACAUACAUACUGAUGGGUUACUGGUCCUUGGGGAACCUUGCAUGUGAUCUGUGGCUUGCAGUGGAUUACGUAGCCAGCAAUGCGUCAGUUAUGAACUUACUCGUUAUCAGCUUCGACAGGUACUUCUCCAUCACAAGGCCGCUGACUUACAGGGCAAAGAGGACUCCAAAGAGAGCUGCUAUCAUGAUCGGUCUGGCAUGGCUGGUGUCUUUUGUCCUAUGGGCACCACCCAUUCUUUGCUGGCAGUACUUUGUAGGAGAAAGAAAAGUGCCUUUGGACCAGUGCCAGAUCCAGUUUUUAACUGAGCCUGUGAUCACAUUUGGAACAGCCAUCGCUGCGUUCUACAUCCCAGUCUCGGUUAUGACUAUCCUGUACUGUAGGAUCUACAAGGAGACGCAGAGACGGACCAAAGAUCUGGCAGAGCUGCAGGGGCUUGCAACAGAAAAUGUACCAGAGGGAACUAAGCCGCAGAAAACUAUUAUUCACUCUUGCUUUCAUUUCACCAGAGAGAGGAGAGACCGGAGUCAGGCCUCCUGGUCCUCAUCUAACCAAAGUAACGCAACAAAGAUGACCACUAGGUCAGACGAGGCAUGGGCCAAGGCCGACCAGAUCACUUCCUUUAACAGCUACACCUCAUCUGAGGAGGAGGAGCAUCACGCUUCAUUGGAAACCCCACAGGGGUCUUUCAAAGAGCAGAGCAGUGUGCAAAGUAAUAAGAAUGGGCAGGUGACUGAUUACGCAGAGGAUCCGUAUUUUUCCUCUCCUCAAAAGAAGACCAGUAAAAAGUGCAUCUCUUACAAGUUCAAACCUGGCUCAAAGGAUAAGGAUAGCGACCCUAAACCUGCAACACCCUGUCUGGCUGAAGCAGAACAGCCUGCCAAAAACGCCUCUCCCUCCGCCUCCUCCACCACCUCCAAGCCCAUGGACCCGGUCCUGAAGAGCCAGAUCACCAAGAGGAAGAGGAUGGUGCUGGUGAAGGAGAAGAAGGCCGCCCAGACUCUGAGCGCCAUCCUCCUGGCCUUCAUCCUCACAUGGACGCCAUACAACAUCAUGGUGCUCAUCUCCACGUUCUGCACCGAGUGCAUCCCCACGUCCCUGUGGCACCUGGGCUACUGGCUGUGCUACGUCAACAGCACCAUCAACCCCAUGUGCUACGCCCUCUGCAACAAAACCUUCCAGAAGACCUUCCGCAUGCUCCUGCUCUGCCAGUGGAGGAGGAGGAGGAGAGGCGAGGACAAGCUGUACUGGUGUGGACAAAACCCAAAUGUCAACAACAAAAUGACUUGAUGUGGCAGUGCAACAUGAGAGCAGACUUUUGCCUACAUGGGGAUUUUCUUGAUAUAUAUACUGUAGUUGGUCUUCGGCAUGAAGUGCUGCAUGUGAUUUUUGUGUUAGAAAUAUGUGUUGGUGGAAAAUGUGCUGAGUGAGAUUAUUCAGAAAAAAAAACACCUACUGAAGGUGGCUACACAUACAGUUUAAAGAACAUGUUCAUUUUUUUUUUUUAUUUCAAAUAUUGAACGGCAACUCCAUUCCAUCCAGCGGAGUGAAGUUUGAUAAAUUGCUUGCAUUCUGAAUUUUUCACCACAACAUCAUGUUGGUGUGUGUGUGUGUGUGUGUGUGUGUGUGCGUGUGUGUGUAUUUGUGUUUAGGUUCCCUGGUCAGUGAAAUGGUCCAUGUUCAAUAAAAUGUAAAAUGAUUGUGAAAAAGACUGGUCACAAGUAAUCCUUAUAUCUGAGCAAAGCCAUGGCAUGUGCAUGUGAUCCUCUUCACCACAGCCAUGCCAGCACUAUUAUGUAAAAUCAAAGUGGUGUAGGAGGAGUACUGUAGCCCAAAGAGGACAUUUGGCACUUUGGCUGCUGAAGCCUGAUUUCCACACUUUUUUUAAAGACUUAUUUUAAACAUUUAGAACAAAUAUAUGGAAAAGCACAAAAGAUAACACACGGUAGGUUUCCAGAGUAUCACAUAAACGACCGUACAUGCUUAGACAGGCAGUAUAUCCAGUGUCCGUAGCCGCCGUGAUGGAAAUGUCCAUACUGGUUGCAACUGUCGCAGAGCACAAAUAUUAAGGAUGAUGUAAAAAAUAUUAGUACAUCUCACUCAAACUUUCCAGUAGGCCUUUGUUGCAGCUGAUAUUAUCAAUAAAGGGACUUACCAUAUUUAAAAUAUGAGUUGGAUGUGCGACACCUAAUCUCCUUUGAGCUAUAACCACACCUGCUGGGUCUCAUAGGACAGUUUUAGAGACCAAAAGCAGCAAAUGCCUGAACUUUAACUUUAUUUGUGCACAGAAUGAGGCUGAUUUUGUCCACAUCUCUAACACUGGCCAGGAGGAAUCAUUCGGGGAAUUUGCCACUGAUGGGCAUAUUGUAUGUUCACCUAAAGUAUGUAAUGUCAACAACAUACGUAUGUUGUGAGUAAAAUCUCUGAACCUUUUCUUUAAACAUCAUCUAAUCCUCUUUCAUUCUAAUGCUCACUUGCACUGUAUAUAGAGGGCUUAAUGUAGGCUUACCCAUUCAAAAUAAUGUAUAGUGUAAAGAACACAUAAAUAUAGGUAAAUAUAAAUUGAUUAGUAAAUAUAGAAUAUAUAUACAUACAUGUACAUAAGUGGUCUAGUGAAUGUUUUUUCCUUUUCGUUUCCUGCUCCUCGCUAUCGAUAUUUGAUCUGGUGUUCAAGGGCUAAUCUGUGCAUUUCUGUGCAUUCCCUGCAUUAGUUUGACUGUGGUAAUAGGACAUGAGAUUGUUUAUGGAUCACACCUCUCUGCUCUUGUCAAUAUUCAUGUAACUGUAAAAAAGGAAAAGAAAAAAUGUAUUCGAAGCUCGACUGCCACCAUGUCUCUCUGAUGGAUGAGCGUCGCUGCUGUAAAUUAUUGCACUUUCAUGUUGUUUAUGGUGUUUUUGUCAAACGCAUCUCCCUGAGCUCUGUGCCUUUUGUUCUGCUCGGACGCAAAAAGUGCUACGUGAACAGAUAUGUGCUCAUUGUCCGUCUGUGACUUUUUGCGAAAGUGUGUACUGAUGUGAAACAGCAGAAUACGAAAUUCCGAGGCAGAAUUAUGUUUUUCGUCAACAUGAUCAUUUUUAGCGUCAAACAUGUAGAAUCUGAUCUGAUUUGUACUUUAAGAUUCUUACCCAUUCCAAGAGUUGACUAAUAAGAUGAAUGGGCCAUUAAUAAGAUGAUACAGAGCUCACCAUGUUUGCAAUUAUUAAAGAAUAAGGCUGGUGAUAUCAUAUAUUUCUUGGUCAACAAAUACCCUGAACAAUGUAUUGAUUGUAUUCCUCUUUGCCAAAGACCUCUAUUAAAAACUCAUGAGUGAA